AUGGUCGACGGAGACUCGCAGCAGCCUCCGACAUGGAAGUUCACCCAGUGCUUUGGUGAUAAGNNGGGAGACGUCGAGGACAUCACAGAAGCCGACAUCAUCUCAACGGUCGAGUUCGAUCAGACAGGUAACUACCUGGCCACUGGCGACAAGGGUGGCCGCGUUGUUCUCUUUGAACGUAAUGAGACGGUACCAGCCAUCCCCGCUCCCGACGAAAGGCCUUCAGCUACUGACACAGGCAAGAAAAAAACCUGCGAGUACAAGUUUCACACCGAGUUCCAAUCACAUGAGCCCGAGUUUGACUACUUGAAAUCUCUCGAAAUUGAGGAAAAGAUCAACAAGAUCAAGUGGUGUAGGAGACAAAACGCUUCGCAUUACUUGCUGUCGACCAACGACAAGACCAUCAAGUUAUGGAAGGUCUUUGAAAAAUCCNNCCUCAAGGUCGUGGCCGAGAACAACCUGUCGCAAGACCUCACUCCUGCUGGUGCCGGCGGUGCUGUUGGUGGCGGGCCCGUCAGAGCUCCCAACAAACACUUCCGCAGCACCGCCGACCUCACCUUCCCUCGCAUGACACACCACGACACAGUCAUUGCUGCAGUACCUCGUCGCGUGUACGCCAACGCCCACGCUUACCACAUCAAUAGCAUCUCUGUGAACAGCGAUGGCGAAACAUACAUCAGUAGUGACGACUUGCGCAUCAACCUCUGGAACCUCAACAUUCAAGAUCAGAGCUUCAACAUUGUUGAUAUCAAGCCUGCCAACAUGGAGGAGCUGACUGAGGUCAUUACUGCUGCAGAAUUCCACCCACUCAGCUGCAAUUGGUUCAUGUAUGCCAGCAGCAAGGGAACCAUCAAGUUGGCUGACAUGCGUGAGAGAGCUCUUUGCGACUCACACGCCAAGCUCAAGAUUUGGGACGUGAACAUGGAGAGACAACCAGUCAAGACAAUUCCUAUCCACGAACAUCUCCGACCACGCCUUUGCGAUACAUACGAGAACGACAGCAUCUUCGACAAGUUCGAAGUUGUCUUCUCUGGCGAUGCCAAGAAUGUCAUGACGGGAUCUUACAACAACAACUUCAUGAUCUAUCCAUCAGAAGCGGGUAAAGACACCGAAGUGGUACUGCAAGCCGAUAAGAGCGCGUUCAAGGCCAAGAAGGUUGGAAUUCCCACACCGAUGAACGGAGCCAAGGACAAGAAGGGCAACAGCAGGGCCAACAGCCCGGCGGGCCAGGGAAGCAGAAUGCGCAAGGAGACGGAUGCGGAUGCAAUUGAUUUCAACAAGAAGAUAUUGCACAUGAGCUGGCAUCCGUUUGAGGAUAGCAUUGCGAUUGCUGCAACCAACAAUCUCUUUGUGUUUUCGGCACUCUAG